AUGAUUAUACAUCGUUUGAUAUUAAAAUCAAAACAUACAAUGAAGAAAUUAAUUUCACCUGCACUAAAGAAAAUGCAGGACAACCAUUAUAUUAUCUGCAAAAAAACAAUCGAUUCAUCAGGAAAUGAAAUUAUUUAUUAUAGGCAUUUCACAUGUCCUGAUCCAGAGAGAUUUUGUAGAACAAUGAAAUUGUCAUCAAUGUAUUUCGAUAAAGAUCCAUUAGAUCCUAAUACGAAAGUUCUUGAAGGAGAACCACAAGAAAAGCCAGAAUGGAAUUUUGAUUAUUCAGAUCUUUAUAAUGAAACUGAAACUGAAAAUAAUACGGAACCUACCAAGCAUCCAACACAAAAUAACAAUAAAUUAAGGUCAAUAUAUAUUGCACUAAUUGUUAUCGGAUCUCUUGCUAUUAAUGUCAUAAUUUGCACUGUUGUAUUCGUUGUUUUUAGAAAGAAAUCAAAUGAUGCUGAUUCGGAUCGAAAUCUGAUAUUCUUAAAUGAAAUUAAUCCAAAUGAUAAGUAA